AUGUCCAUCCUGUGCACCAUCAGUGGGCAGACGCCCGAAGAGCCCGUGGUGAGCAAAACGGGGUACAUAUUUGAAAAGAGGCUGAUCGAGAAACACAUCCUGAACUAUGGCUUAUGUCCGGUAAGUGGAGAAGUGUUGACGCUGCAGGACCUGUACCCAUUGAAGAAUGAGAAGGUGGUGAAGCCGAGACCCAUCACUGCGAGUAGCAUUCCAGGGUUGCUGUCCAUUCUUCAAACGGAAUGGGACUCCCUCAUAUCUGAAAUGUUUACUCUAAGGACGCAUGUGAACGACAUUCGAAAUCAGCUGACCCACAGUCUGUACCAAUACGAUGCUGCAACGAGGGUAAUUGCAAAACUACUAAAGGAGAAAAAUAAUUACACAGAAGAAAUAAAAAAUUUGAGGAAACAAAUCUUAAGCAUUCAGAGUGGAAAUGAUUUAAAUGAAUUUGAGGUUGGGUUAAGUGAUGAAUUGUUAAACGAGAUGCAAGAGGUCGCAAAAGGUCUGUUGAUGACAAGGAAGAAGAGAAACGUAGAAAAUGUGACCUCGACUGAAAAGUGGAAGGAGGUGACUGACACAAACGAGUUCGAUGUACACUCCGCUGCACUCCCAGGAGUAACAUGUCUUUCACUAGACAUAAACAAAACGAGAUACAAUUAUAAUCAUGAUCAUAUGAAUCACAAUUUCUUUUCCGGAGGGAUGGAUGGCAAUGUAUAUUAUGUUUCCCUUGAGGAAAAUAAAGUAUUGGCCAAGUUACAGGGACACUUAAAAAAGGUCACUUCCAUUGCGGCUCACCCGAGUUACCCUGUGUGCAUAUCGGGGUCAAACGAUAAAACGGUACGCAUAUGGAAAGGUGAUGUGGACACAAAUGAAUUCACCACUUCACAUGUCAUUACAAAACACAAGGAUCAGCUAACCUCCUUGGCACUUCACCCGAUGGAGAAUUAUUUUGUGAGUGCUUCUAAAGACAAUGUAUGGAUCCUACACGAUAUGGAAACCUCAAGGACGAUAAAAAUGUGUAAAACGAACCCCAGUCCGUUCAGACACUUGGCCAUUCACCCAGAUGGAAUUAUGAUUGGGAUCGGUGCUGAAGAUUCAAACAUACACAUAUAUGACAUUAAAAGUCAGGAGUAUAAAGCCUCCCUCAGUGGACACACUAGUGAUGUAAAUUAUAUUUCGUUCAGUGAGAAUGGAUACUACUUGGCUUCCUGUUCAAAAGACAAAACAGCUAAAUUGUGGGACCUCAGAAAGGCACAGUGUUUUCAAACCAUAGAUGUGGAUGAACUUCCAAAAAAUAUACAAUUUGAUUUUUCAGGUAAAUAUUUUUCCCUAGCGGCGGGAAAUGACAUACAUAUAUAUAACUUCGAGACUAAGACGCAGGCCACCCUCGUGAAUACCCUCUCGUCCCAUACGGACACCGUCACGCAAACGUGUUUUGGCAGCAGGACGGCCUACCUGCUCUCCAGCUCGAUGGACAAAACGGUCAAAGACAUCGAAAACACGGCGUGCGAUAGCGUCCAUGGAACCGGACAUGACCCACACCAUGACACGUACGAAGUAUACAAUUCGCAAUUUGCGUGCGGAGUGAGGGAAGACGUUUUCCCUUACGAAAGCUUAUCCAGGAUUGAGGAGGACAACGACGGGAACAACAGCAGUCAUCACAACAACAGCACCCAUCGCAAACAUCACACCGAUAAAACCGGGAAAACAAAAAUGAUCAAGGAGCAGCAGAUGGCCAUGGAGAAGGAUCUGAUUUUUCAAAACGAAGUGCUACGGAAUGUGCUAAAGAGUUCCCACCAAGUGAAGGAGAUGCAAAGGGAGCUAUUCAAAGUGGAUGCCCGUGACUUCGUGCCGGUGAUUCCUCCUGCACAGGGACAGAACGCAUAUUCUCUCAAGCGGGACUAUCCCCAGCAGGGUGACGAAGCGGGUGAUAAUAUGGAAGGGCACCCCGAUUGUCACUAUGACGGUCAUAUGGUCAUACGGCAAGGAGGACACCACAAAAGCACCGACCGUAGUGCGCCCAGCAGUAAGGGGAUAAAAAAUCCCAUCGCAUCCAAGACAAACAUGCACCCACCCAGAAUAGGUGAAAUAAAAGUCAACAUAGACGAUAUAAAAAAAGGCCUACUGACAUACUACUCCAACAUUUAUUCCUUGGACCAUUACGAUAUAGAGGAGAGAAUUAAUAUAUUGAAAUAUGGUGAGAAAAAUAUUUCUGAACAUGUUCAGGCGAAUUGUUGCUACAAAAAGAGGGAGCUCCCCACAAGACCUCCUUUUGUGCAUUACAAUGACGAGUUGAACAACCCGAAUUCAGUUACGUACCAAAGUAUGUUACCUGACUACUACUACCAAGAGGGGGCUGGUCGUUCCAGGGAUGGAAAGGAGAGGUUCCACUUGGGUAGUACCAAUUUGGAGCAUCAUGGUAAGAUGGAAGAAACGAAUGCCUUCAAAAGUGAAUACGAUCAUGUAGGACAGAUCUCCGAGCUACUGAGUAGCCUCAAGAACAAAUGUGCGGACGCGAACUUCAAGGCGCAGAGCCUGACCUCGAAGUUUGACAGGAAGUACGAGAACCCGGACAACCGCUUCUGGGUCCACAACCUGGUUCCCAUGCACCUUAGAAAACCGGCGCUCCACAAUGAGGACGGAAUUAGAAAUCACCUGGUCGUGACCUACUCUCAGCUGUAUAACGAAGCAGUGUUGAAUAAAAAGAAGAUCGCCGCGUUGGAGAAAAAGCUACAUAUAUUGAAGCUGCGGGCGAACCUCCCCAGGGGGGGCUACCGGAUGGAGACACGCAAUGCGCUCUGA